ACGUUGUGUAAGCAAAACGCGCGGGAGCGGUUGGUUAGGAGAGCGGUUGGCGGGGAGGCGACCGCGGCUUUUCUCGUCGCAAACCUUAGUCCCCCACCCCUCUAUCCCCCAACAGUGCGAAUAUUUUGAGGCGCUGACAUUCCUUUUCUGGCUUGGUUUGACUUUUUGCGAAAGCCAGAUAUCCCGAUCCGCUUUUUUUCUCGCUUCUGAAGCUACUAUGGAUCUCGACUGUUCCUCUCCUCUCAAGGUUCUUGAUGUGAACCCCAAAGUGAGGAAGAUAAAGAAUGAUAAUUCAAGGAGGUUGUCUGUUGAAAGAAUCUAUCAAAAGAAAUCUCAGUUGGAGCAUAUAUUGCUUCGGCCGGAUACAUACAUUGGAUCUGUGGAGCAAGUCACUCAGCAAAUGUGGGUGUUUGAUGAAGAUGAAGGACUGAAUUACAGGGAUGUCACCUUUGUUCCUGGACUUUAUAAAAUCUUCGAUGAAAUAUUAGUCAAUGCUGCUGAUAACAAACAGAGAGAUAAGAAUAUGUCUUGUAUCAAAGUUACAAUUGACCCGGAGAAUAAUUCAAUCUCUGUGUGGAACAAUGGAAAAGGAAUCCCUAUUGUAGAGCAUCAAGUAGAAAAAAUUUAUGUGCCAGCUCUUAUUUUUGGACAUCUUUUAACCUCCAGCAACUAUGAUGAUGAUGAAAAGAAAGUCACAGGUGGUCGAAAUGGUUAUGGUGCAAAGUUGUGCAAUAUAUUCAGUAACAAAUUUACAGUGGAAACAGCAUGCAACGAAUAUAAAAAGCUUUUUAAACAGACUUGGACUGACAAUAUGACUAAAGCAGGAGAGACACAAUUGAAGAAUUUUGAUGGCCAGGACUUCACAUGUGUUACUUUCCAGCCUGACCUGUCCAAAUUUAAAAUGACUGCAUUGGAUAAAGAUAUUGUGGCUCUUAUGUCUCGCAGAGCCUAUGAUAUUGCAGGAUCAGCUAAAAACAUCCAAGUAUUCUUAAAUGGAAAGAAGUUACCUGUCAAAGGAUUCCGUAGUUAUGUAGACAUGUACUUAAAUGAUAAAGUGGACGAAACUGGCAAUGCACUGAAAAUAAUCCAUGAAGAAGUUAAUGACCGAUGGGAAGUAUGUCUAACCAUGAGUGAAAGGGGCUUCCAACAAGUUAGCUUUGUCAAUAGUAUUGCUACAACUAAGGGUGGCAGACAUGUAGACUAUGUUGCUGAUCAGAUUAUCAACAAACUCAUAGAUGUAGUUAAAAAAAAAAACAAAGGUGGAGUUGCAGUAAAGCCUUUUCAGGUGAAGAAUCAUAUGUGGGUGUUCAUAAACAGCUUGAUUGAAAAUCCAACUUUUGACUCCCAAACAAAGGAGAAUAUGACUCUUCAAGCAAAGAAUUUUGGUUCAACAUGCAAAUUCAGUGAGAAGUUCAUCAAGGGGGCUAUCGGUUGUGGCAUAGUGGAAAGCAUUUUGAACUGGGUCAGAUUUAAAGCCCAGACACAACUAAAUAAAAAAUGUUCUGCUGUUAAGCACACUCGAAUUAAAGGAAUUCCUAAACUGGAUGAUGCCAAUGAUGCUGGGAGCAAGAAUUCUAUCAACUGCACGCUCAUUUUGACAGAAGGAGAUUCAGCUAAGACACUAGCUGUUUCUGGCCUUGGAGUUGUGGGUAGGGACAAAUUUGGAGUAUUUCCACUGCGAGGAAAACUUCUGAACGUACGGGAAGCCUCCCACAAACAGAUAAUGGAGAAUGUUGAAAUUAACAACAUUAUUAAGAUUGUGGGGCUCCAAUAUAAGCAGAGCUAUGAUGAUGAAGACUCGCUCAAAAGCCUCCGCUAUGGAAAGAUCAUGAUCAUGACUGAUCAGGAUCAAGAUGGCUCCCAUAUCAAAGGUUUAUUGAUUAAUUUCAUUCACCAUAAUUGGCCAUCUCUUCUGAAGCAUCGUUUCCUAGAAGAAUUCAUUACUCCCAUUGUAAAGGUUUCCAAAAACAGAGAAGAAAUGUCUUUCUACAGCAUUCCUGAAUUUCAAGAAUGGAAGAACAGCAACUCUAACCACAAAAACUGGAAAAUCAAAUACUACAAAGGUCUGGGUACCAGCACUUCAAAGGAAGCAAAAGAAUAUUUUGCAGCAAUGGCAAGGCAUCGAAUACCUUUCAAGUACUCUGGUCCUGAAGAUGAUGCUGCAAUCACCCUGGCCUUUAGUAAAAAAAAGGUGGAUGACCGAAAGGAGUGGCUGACAAACUUCAUGGAAGACCGAAGGCAACGGAAACUUCUUGGUCUGCCAGAUGAUUACCUAUAUGGGAAAACUACAAAUUACCUGACCUACAAUGAUUUUAUCAACAAGGAACUUGUGCUGUUUUCAAAUUCUGAUAAUGAGCGAUCUAUUCCAUCAUUAGUUGAUGGAAUGAAACCAGGUCAGAGGAAAGUUUUAUAUACAUGCUUGAAAAGAAAUGACAAACGGGAGGUAAAAGUAGCUCAGCUGGCUGGAUCAGUUGCAGAAAUGUCCUCUUAUCACCAUGGAGAGAACUCACUGAUGAUGACUAUUAUUAAUUUGGCUCAAAAUUUUGUGGGCAGCAACAACCUGAACUUACUUCAACCCAUUGGUCAGUUUGGAACUAGGCUGCAUGGUGGAAAAGACGCUGCAAGCCCUAGAUAUAUCUUUACAAUGCUCAGUCCUUUGGCACGAUUGGCUUUCCCAGCAGUAGAUGACAAUGUGCUGAAAUUUAUGUACGAUGAUAAUCAACGAGUUGAACCUGAAUGGUAUAUUCCCAUUGUUCCCUUGGUGCUGAUCAAUGGUGCUGAAGGCAUUGGAACUGGCUGGUCAUGUAAAGUUCCUAAUUAUGACAUUCGAGAAGUGGUUCAUAACAUUCGACGUAUGCUUGAUGGAGAUGAGCCAUUAGCAAUGAUUCCUAGUUACAAGAAUUUCAAGGGGACAAUAGAUGAACUAGGGCAAAACCAUUUCCUUAUCAAUGGAGAAGUGUCAGUCCUUAAUUCAACCACCAUUGAAAUUUCAGAGCUUCCUGUUCGGACAUGGACACAGACUUAUAAAGAACAGGUUCUGGAGCCUAUGCUGAUUGGCACAGAGAAGACUCCUUCACUCAUAACAGACUAUAAAGAGUACCACACAGACACUACGGUCAAAUUCAUCAUAACAAUGAGUGAACAGAAACUAGUGGAGGCAGAAGCUAUUGGUCUACAUAAGGUCUUCAAAUUACAAAGUCCUCUUUCUUGUAGCAAUAUGGUACUUUUCGACCAUGCUGGCUGCCUAAAAAAAUAUGAGACCGCAGAGGAUAUUCUGCUGGAAUUCUAUCAAGUCAGAUUGCGUUAUUACUGUUUAAGAAAGGAUUGGCUCACUGGCAUGCUGGGUGCAGAAUCUGCAAAAAUAAACAAUCAAGCUCGCUUCAUCCUUGAAAAAAUAGAAGGCAAAAUAGUGAUAGAGAACAAGCCCAAGAAAGAAUUAAUAAAGGUUCUCAUAGAAAGGGGUUAUGAUUCUGAUCCAGUAAAGACAUGGAAAGAGUCUCAACAGAAGGACAUUGAUGAAGAUGCAGAAGAAGAUACUGAUAAAGAAAAUGAACCUACUGUGGCCACUGGACCAGAUUUUAAUUACCUUCUGAACAUGCCCCUCUGGUACCUAACAAAAGAAAAAAAGGAUGAACUGUGCAAGCAGCGGGAUAAUAAAGAAAUGGAGCUAGAAAACCUGAAACAGAAGAAUCCUAUUGACUUAUGGAGAGAAGAUCUGGCUGCUUUUAUUGAGGAACUUGAUGUGUUAGAAGAAAAAGAAAAACAGGAUGAGAAGUUAGAAAUCAUAGGCAAACCUAACAAAAAAAAAGGAGGGAAAGCGAAACCAAAAACCCAGCAGCUUCAGGAAAUCCUGCCUUCUCCCAAAGGAAGGAGAGUUAUCCCCCGAAUAACUGAAGAAAUGAAAUUGGGGGCAGAGAAGAAAUUAAAAAGAAAAAUCAAGAGUGAAAAAACUGAGCUUGAUGAGAAUCAAGAUUUCCCAGGGACCAGCAAGGAACCAAAGAAUCUUAAACAAAGAUUAAUGAAGAAACUGAAAAUGGAUUCAGAUGCCAAGAAACAGUCCAAACUGCCAUUCAAGCCAGUAAAAAAAAUAAUGAAAGUAAGUCCUUGGUCUGACUUAGAAUAUGGAAAUGAAGAUGCUGUUGACCCCGAGGUUGAUUCUCAUGCACAACACCAAGUAACAGCAACACGUAUGCAGGAUUCUAAUUCGGAUACAGAUGAAGGUGCUAUUAUGGCUGAAGACUCUGCGAGAGCAACAGUAAAACCAAAGGCUGUUCCUAAGAAAACAAAGGAAGAGGAAGUUGAAUUCAAAUCAUCCAAAGUACAGAGCAGUAGCUUGGGAAACCAGCCUUCUAUUCAGGAGGCUUUCACUAAGAGAAAGGCAAAAACCAAACACAGCAAGACUAAGACUUCAAGUUCCAGUUCAGAUGAUGUUCCCAAAAGGCUGGCCAGAAUGAGGAAAGCUGCUAAAAGAAGGUUGCCUUCCUCUUGCAGUAGUGAAGAAGACUCUGAUCCUGACUUUGGCCAAAGCCUUAAAAAAAGAAUAGCACUUAAGAAAUCCAAGGAUGUCGAUGAAUCAUUUGUCAUUGAACUGAGCUCUAGUGAGGACUUUCCUGUUCCAACCCUGAUCCGUGAAAAACCAAUUCGCAGCAAGAAGCUAAUUCAGUAUCUGGAGCAGUCGGACGAUGAGCAGUUCUAAUCUAACAGCAAAAUAUAUUUGCAUUUCUUUCUACUGUAGUGAAAAAUUAAUUCUUUAGUAAACAGCAGUUGAUUCCAAAUACUUUUGAGGGGCUACCUGAUAGAAUAAAAUGUUAUGUCUUUUUUCUAAUGCUGUAAAUAUUUUUCUGUGUUUUUAUAGUUAUAGCAGUCACUUUUAUUCUUGAUAAGACCAUAAGUAAUAAAAAGUGGUAGUUUACCUUUUUCCUGUCUUUCGGUAGUAAAAUGUGUAUGCUUUAUUCUCUGGGCUCAAAAGCAGCAUUCAGAUAUUAGAACAUCUGAUCUCAAAGCUCUCUCUGAAUUGUUCCAUCCAGAUUGCCAUUCUAAAGUUCCUUGCACGCACUUUGGCAACUGAAAUGCUAAGCAGUAUUUAUGACUUAAGAGUUAUUGCCAUUUAAAUUGCUGUGAAGGAGAAUGGUGAGAGCCACCUUGAUGUAGGGAUUAAGGCAUAAAGCUAGAAAUCAAGGACCGUGAUUUCUAGUCCCGCCUUGGGCACAAAGCCAGUUGUCAGUCACUUUCUUUCAGCCCUAGGAAGGAGGCAGUGCUAAAUCACUUCUGAGAAACCUUGCCAAGAAAAAUGUAGGUGCUUGGGUCAGGGAGUUUCUGAGCAUCAGACACAAUGGGAAGUGGGGGGGGGGAUGAAAGUUCUCUGAGUCAGGAAUAUAAAAACAUUAAGGCUGGGCAAUAAAGUUAAUACAUGCAUUAGAAUAGAUUUGACUAGGAAGAGGAUCUUUGGAGUUCAAGGAGCACAAGUGCAGUACUUAACUACAACUCAUGAAAGUAACUUCCUUUUUGUGAUUAUCUGGUUACUUCAUAGAAGUAUAGGAUAGAUUGGCUUGUCCUCUGAUCUAACAAGGGUUUUUGAGGGCCUAGCAUCUUAACAGCCAGGAAUCUGGAAAGUUAAGCCCUGAAGUAAGAUACUUAUUGAAUUUCUUUCCAUAAAAAAACACUCGGCAAUAUUAAUAUUCUCUAACUGCAUCAUGAAUUGAACAGUUACACUUAAGCCUUGUUUAGAUAUUUUCUUCAUUUCAAGGGGGAAAAUGUUUUACAAAAUGCUCCCUUCUUCUAAUUAGAUGGUAAAUCACUUUCAACCAUUUCUGAGCUUUCCAGAUAAUCACAAAAAGGCAGUUACUUUCAUGAGUUGUAGUUAAGUGCUGCGCUUGUGCUCCUUGUACUCCAAAGCUCCUCUUCCCUGGUCAAACCUAUUAACAGCAUAAUGCAUGUAUUGCCUUUAUUCACAGAAGGACACAUCUGAAUUUAAGUGCUGCCUCAGAAAGCUGUCCUUCCACUAAGACAACAUUUGGGGUGGGGAGCAAUAUCAGCACUGUGCUUUAUCUAAACACAAUUAAAAUUGAAUAUAUUGAUUUCUGCAGACUUCUCCAAGGAAAUCCCAGCUUGACAAUUGUUUUAAUAAAUUCCAGUUCAGGACAUCA